CCGAAGGGGCGGUGCUACAAGGCGCCAGAGGAGCGGAGGCUGGGGCCUAGGGGCUGGUCGGAACUUCUGGAAGCAAGAUGCAGGACCCCAACGCAGACACCGAGUGGAAUGACAUCCUUCGUAAAAAGGGCAUCCUUCCCCCUAAGGAGAGCCUGAAGGAGCUGGAGGAGGAGGAGGAGGGAAAGGAGGAGCAGCGUCUCCAGCAGUCAGUGGUGAAGACAUAUGAAGACAUGACCCUGGAGGAGCUGCAGGAGAACGAAGACGAGUUCAGUGAGGAGGACGAGCGAGCCAUCGAGAUGUACCGGCAGCAAAGGCUGGCCGAGUGGAAGGCGACUCAGCUGAGGAACAAGUUUGGAGAAGUUUUAGAGAUCUCGGGGAAGGAUUACGUUCAAGAAGUCACCAAGGCUGGCGAGGGCUUGUGGGUGGUCUUACACCUGUACAAACAAGGGAUUCCCCUCUGUUCCUUGAUAAACCAUCACUUGAGUGGGCUCGCCAGGAAGUUUCCCGAUGUGAAAUUUAUCAAAGCCAUUUCAACGACCUGCAUACCCAAUUACCCUGACAGGAACCUCCCCACAGUGUUCGUCUACCGGGAGGGGGAUAUCAAGGCACAGUUCAUCGGUCCCCUGGUGUUCGGUGGCAUGAACCUGACCAUAGAUGAGUUGGAGUGGAAACUAUCUGAGUCAGGAGCAAUCAAGACAGAGCUGGAGGAGAACCCCAAGAAAGCCAUCAAAGACGUGCUGCUGUCCUCAGUGCGGGACCCUGUCCCCAUGAGGAGGGACAGUGAUUCCGAGGACGACUAAGAUAGCAGUGAUGCAGCCUUUCGAACUCUCUUGAUAAGACGCAUUGUCUGGAGUUUCAAUAAGGAGGGAAAAGCAAUAAUUUAUCCUUUUGGGUUUUAACCUUUUUAUAAUUAUUUAAAUUUUAUACAUUUCAGAUAUAAUCAUUGCUGAAAUUUUUUAAGAAAUUUGUUGGAACUCUUUAUAAUGUUUCUUUAAGAAUUUAAGCUCUUAUGUCACAUAUCCAUGUUUUCCUACAUGUGUUUCAGCAAACCCUGUGACUGUUUAGUAUCUUUUGACAUGCAACUAUAGAGAAAGGAAUGUGGAGUUUAAAAACACAAUGCAAAUAAAUUAAGUUAAAAACUAAAACAUAACAGUGCAGAAAACAAGAACUCGGCUUUAUAGUUAAGUCAGACUGUCCAUUUUCAUUUUAUAAAGCUAGCAAAAGAAAUAUCAGCUGAUAGAAAUGGCUGAUAAUUUUGAGACAAAUACUGUCUUAUCAAACUAGCUGACAGAUUUCAGCUUACACCAUGUUUGUAUUCAGGUCAGUCUUCCAGUUAACUCACGUGUGUCUCUGGCUGUUAAGACACCAGCUGUUCUUUGUGGUGGCACAUGCUUUUAAUCCCAGCACUGGGACACAGGCAGGCAGGUCAUGUGAGUUCAAGGCUGGUCUGGCUUGCAGGGCCAGGGCCACCUCACCAAGACCCUGUCUUGAAGCCAAAAACAGAGCUGUUCUUGGCUCUAAGGUCCUGUUAGGUUCGGCUUGGGGGACUGAGGUUUAAGCACACACACAUGUAAGCUGUGUCCCAGCUGAUUUAUAAAAAUGUUUCGGGAUACUCUUUGAGUCAGAAUCCUAUAAAUUGAUGAUGAAAGCUGAAAAGUAUCAAUAAUAUUUUUGUUGAAUGUGGUAACAUGUAUAGCUGAUUGGAACCUUAGAGAUAAGAGUCUAAGAAUACAGGAUUUGUUCAGA